AGCAAUUCAGGAUGAGGCGGGCGCAACCGCACUAGAGGGAAAGUCAAGUCGUGCUGGACUGGCGCGGUCUCCUCGCACUGUUUCCAAAUAAAGGGGAAGGACGCAAACGGCAAAUAAUCAUGCUUCUAAAAUAAUGCAACAUGUCGAUCGGAUCUUUGCGAGGCAUGGCUUUCGUUUUGACGAUCUUAUUUCUGUUUUGUGCGAGUAGUGUUUGUGAGGCUCAGCACAGUGAGACCAGUAUCUAUUUGGACAAUAUCACGCGUAUAUUGGAUAGAUUAUUGGAUGGCUAUGACAACAGGCUGCGACCUGGAUUUGGAGGUCCUGUCACAGAGGUCAAAACUGACAUCUUUGUCACCAGCUUUGGACCUGUUUCAGAUGUAGAGAUGGAGUACACCAUGGAUGUGUUCUUUCGUCAGACGUGGAUUGAUGAGCGGCUGAAAUUUGAAGGCCCAAUUGAGAUCCUACGGCUAAACAAUCUUAUGGUCAGCAAAAUCUGGACACCUGACACAUUUUUCCGGAAUGGCAAGAGGUCAAUCUCUCACAACAUGACCACUCCAAACAAGCUGUUUCGCAUCAUGCAAAACGGAACUAUCCUCUACACCAUGAGAUUAACUAUAAAUGCAGAGUGCCCCAUGCGUCUCAUGAACUUCCCAAUGGAUGGCCAUGCCUGCCCACUCAAAUUUGGAAGCUAUGCUUACCCGAUGAGUGAGAUUGUGUACACAUGGAAGAAAGGACCUCAGUCUUCUGUUGAAGUUCCACAGGAAUCAUCUAGUUUGUUGCAAUAUGACCUCAUUGGCCAGACCGUAUCAAGCGAGAGGCUGAAGUCUAACACAGGUGAAUAUGUCAUAAUGACUGUCCACUUCCAUCUUCAAAGGAAAAUGGGUUUCUUCCUGAUUCAGACCUACAUACCCUGCAUAAUGACUGUCAUCCUGGCACAAGUCUCCUUCUGGAUUAAUAAGGAAUCAGUUCCAGCUCGGACUGUGUUUGGUAUCACCACUGUCCUGACCAUGACAACAUUAAGUAUCAGUGCACGACAUUCCCUCCCAAAAGUCUCCUAUGCCACAGCAAUGGAUUGGUUUAUAGCUGUUUGCUUUGCCUUUGUCUUCUCUGCCCUCAUUGAGUUUGCGGCUGUCAACUACUUUUCAACACUCCAGGCCAACCGAGAGCUUCGGAAGGCAGCAGCCAUAAAGGCAGCUGCUCAAGAGGCAGCAGCUGCAGCCGUGGCUCCAACAGCCAGCGAAGGGACUGAGGGAGAUGUUUCAUCAGUGGAUGCCAGUAGUGUAUUGAAAAAGAGGAUGAACUCAGCACCAGUUUUUGAGCGGCCCGGAAAAACAUUCCCAAACCCUCCUGUCAAUGCCCAAGCUUUCCUACAGCAAGGCUCUGCAGUACCUGCCAACAACGUUCUAACUGGCACCAGCAUCAUUGACAAAUACUCACGAAUCCUCUUUCCCCUUUCGUUUGGCGCCUUUAACCUGGUCUACUGGAUUGUCUAUCUCACCAAGGACACCAUGGAGAUGUCAAGAUACCACCUAUUUUCUGAAGUGCAUCAGGUUCACCUGCAGCCAAACAUCUACACAACAUGACGAUCCCACCUCUUUACUUCACAGUUGGGAUACCGUCUAAGAUUAUGUCUUGCUGGAGAAUAGAAAUAUCUGAACACUCAACACACGCCAAGCCCUCUUUUAUGCAGCCUCAGUGCAUUCCAUUUCUUUUUAAGUAUUCCUAUUGAAAGUUUGUCUUUUGAGAGCAGAUGUACCAACUCCAAUUGCCAACUUGACCAAGGGAGCUCAAAGCCAUCUGGGGCCGCAGGUACUGGAUCCACUUGAAAAGACGACUUCUCUCUUUUUUUUUUUAUUUCACUUAUCUAAUGUUAAGAAAUAAAUAAAUAGUUAUAUGUUAGGACUACUUUAAUGUGUAUAUCUAUCUUGUAUGCUUUGCCAAAACUGAUUGGACAAGACCUAAAAUUACCUAUAUUGAGAGCUUCUCAUCAGAUGUAUUGAUUUAUUUAUUUUUUAUAUAUAAAGUAUCCAUGCACUGUGUUUUUUAAAUGACAAAUUUCCUUCCAUGAUGAUUACAAGGAGGCUGAUAGUAAGAAUGUACUCCUGACUGAAUUAAUUGUAACUGGCAGAAACUGUUCUGCCAGUUCUUUCCAGUCUUUGUUUUCUUUGUUUUUGUUUUUUUCCACAACACUAUUUUUUGUUUGUUGGCUUAAUAUCCCUUUGCUCAAACAGUAAGGAGGAUACAAAGCAAAAUCUUCAAAGAGAUGUAUUCCUGUAACAUUUUUUGCCUGGUAUGUUUUUCAGUUUGACAUGCCCUUGCAAGUGGAAAAAUAUGUAAAUACAACAAACGUAUUAGGGUCUCUAAAAUGUGAACAUACACAAAAGUAACCUUUUUUUCAGAUUUCCAUUUUCUCUACAGUGCCUUGUAAAAACAUUCACACCGCUUGACCAUUUUCACAUUAUGUCACAUUGCAGCCAAAAUCUGUUAUGUGAUUGACCCAACACAAAGUAGUGCAAAAUUGUGAGGUGGAAGCUAAAGGACCCAUGGUUUUCAGUUUUUAAAAAAUAAAAAUAUGGCACCGGUGGGCUGUGUAUGUUUCAACCCUCUUAAAUCAAUACUAUGUAGAACCACCUUUCACUGAAAUUACUACUGCAAGUCUUUUGGGUAUGUCUCUACAAGUUUUGCACAUCUAGUGGGUAAAAACUUAGCUCAUUCUUUGCAAAAUAGUUUCAGCUCAGUGAAAUCAGUUAGAGAGUGUCUGUGAAUAUUAAUUUUGUGAUGUAUUUGUGAAACAAAUUAAUACUGUGUCCUUUUUUUGACAUCACAAUUAUGCACUUCUUUGUUUUGCUUUUGAGUUUGUAAAUGUGGAAAUGACAAAAUAUAAAAAAGUUCAAGGGAUAUGAAUAGUUUUGUAGGGUGCUGUAUAUCAUAUGUCUCAUAUUUGCUACAUUCAGAUAUACAUUUAAUUUAAAUUAUAGGUAUGCAUUUCCAUCCAUUAAACAACUGAGCUUGAACGGGUACCCUUAUGCUUUUUUAGUCCUACUUGGUCAAUACUGUAAAGUCAUAUAUUAAUAGAAAGGCCUGAACAGUAAAGAUUGGAGCCAUGACUUUGAGGAAUAAGUUGAUUUCUGAUGGAUAGACUUGAUCACAUGAAUACAAUUUGUGUUGGGCAUACUCCCUUUUGUCACCAUUUUUAUUUAUUUUUCUAAUUCUCCCUAUUUUUGCUAUUUCUAAGAUGUAUUUAUGGAACAAAACAGAGGGAUGGUUGUGGACAUGCAAACUACUGAUGAAUCUAAAAAACACAUAUGAUUAUCCACUGCCUCUCACUAAAAAGAGGCUGACAUGUCAGAGGCAUGUGGUAACUAAAAAUAAAGAUGGUGUGUUUACUUCAUCAUUUCAUCCAUCAUCCAGAAAUACUUUGAAAGGAUUUCAUAGUAGUCAUGAAAAUCUGUACUUCAAGUGUUAAAUUGAGGUUUUGUUGGAAUAAAAAUCCAGUGCUGUUAUUAUUUGAAAAGAAAAAAUGUAUAUGAAUCUGUGCAACUUGUAUGUAUUUUAUACAAGAUUAUUUUAUUUUUUUUUAGUUGUGAAACAGCGUUGUGCAACUUAGUUUCUCUACAAUUAUAAACCAGGCCAACAAUGCUUGAGAAAACAAAACAAAAUAUGCAAUACUAAGACAACAAAGUUAACAAAGUUAGAGAUUUUAUAAGUAAUGGCAGACUACGAUCUUAAACAUUGCAACAGGUUCUUUAACACUAAAAUUUAAAACAAUGCCAAUGAUAACAAACUGUUUCAUAAUAUAUUGUUUGACCAAGGCAAGAAUAAACAUUUGCCUACCUAAAGAAAUUUAUCAGAGAUAUUAAAGGUUGUGACUGUAAAAGGUAUUGAGAUGACCAGGCCAACAUUAAACUCUUGUGUGCAAGAAAUGGACCUGGAGGAAUGGUUUGGAUUUUUAAGUAAUGUUCUGUGGAGUUAUCAGUAAUAGUUUUCUUAACUGUAGAUAAAUAAAAUGCCAUAUUGCUGUACAUUUGUUGUAAAGUAAAGCAAUUCUUAGACUGGUAGAAGCCUUUCAUCCAGUUAGACUGACCAAUCAUUGUAGCAGGUUUAAGCUAUUUAAAACAACUGAAAAUGUUCAUAUAUGGAAUACAGCUCUUUAAAAGUGAAUAUUAAAAAUUAGCUUUGUUUAAUAUGUUGUUGUUUAGUUUAUCAGCCUUUGAUCACCCAAAACAAGUCUGUAUUACCUCGUCAUCAGUGACUUAUCAGUCCUCUACAAACCCACCACAAGUAGAGUAAAUGUAUAGAUUUUCCAUCAACAAUAAGUAGUCCAGAGGCAUCGACAGUUGUACAUUCUUGUGCUUUUCCAGAUCUCAUAGUCGUUUAGAAAUAAUUUCAGCUGAUCAGGCAGAUUAACACAGCUGGCAGCCUCAACCAACAAUGAUGUACUGCUGAGGAAACAAGCAAACGUAACAAUAGGCUCUUGUGAAAAUAUAGAAUGUUAAUAUUUUGUGACAUGCCAUUGUAUCCCACAUUUGUGAACAUUUACAGUUUGAGUUGUUUAAAACUGCUAAACGGGGUUGCCCAUUUGACUAGCUCUUAGCAUCCCAUUGUUCUGAGGAUUUCUUCAUUUCUCUACAAACUAACUAUGAAAUGACAACUGUUGACAAUAGCCAAAGGACCACUUUAUGACAGGGUAUAAUUUCACUGACCUGGCUAUGAAAAUGCAAAAUAUUCCCAUAAUAUUUACUUAGUAUACAUUAAAAUUAUAUGUAACUAUAGGUGUAUCCUUUGCAUAGGUUUGCGUAUAAUAAGGCCUGUUGCUUCUAGUUUUUUUUGUCUUUCAUGUGUACACCAAGCAUCUGAAGAAACAGUUCAGCCAGCUUGCAUGAACUCUGUUUCUUUUUCUAUUUUUCAUUUAUCAACCUCCUGUAAACUUACUGUCUACUGGACUAUACCGGACUGAUGGCUCAGACUCAUUGAGGCCUCCAAGUACUCCAAGCUGCUAAGUCACCUUUAGUUAAAGAGCCAAACAAAUAUCAAAAGUAGCAACAGUUGACAAAUGUUUUUGAGAGUGAUUGAGUGUACUCUUUCCAUAUGACUGAGCAUGUUUGCUUUUAUUAGUAGACCAAACCAUCUCCCCUAAAAUCCAAGCCUAACUGCUCAGCUCCCCCACACUACUGCAAGACCUUCACUUGCAUGUCUUCCUUGUGUGCAUUUUAGGGUCUGUGAAUGUAGACGGUUGUAAACUCAAGUAAUUUUUGUGGUGAAUAAAACCACAUUCCAACGAUUUAGCUAUGUUUUUAAAGUCAUAGGGCAUGUACUGUUAAUCCUUGUCAUACAUUUUUUUACAAUUGUUGUUUGCCUAAAGAGUAUGGACUCAGCUUAAAAUACAAUGAAUGCUCCUUUUUCUGUGCAUCUUUUGAAAGCAUAAUUAGAUAUUUCCAAUAGUUGGCAUUCCUAUUCUAAGAUCCUGCUUGAUGAUCAGCUGCAUUAGCCAAUUUUCUUGUUUAAAUAAGAGAUGGCAGCUUUUACAUUUUCCCAUUUACGUUGUUUCUUGAGCAUCUUUCUCCUGAAAAAUGUCAUUGUCAUAAAGAAGGCCUGUUGAUGCAACAUACAACAAUGUAUGCAGUUUCAGGUAUCCAACGCCCUGUUAAUAAAUCAACUUGCACCCAUUUUCCCAUGGCAUUGUAUAUAUUACUAUGUUCAAUAAAGCCAGAUUAUGUAAA